GUUUAACUGUCGUCGAUAAAACAUCUCUAGUUGUUCUCUAGUUGGUGUGAUUGCUUGAAUCAAAAAAAAAAAAAUGAUAAUGAAAACAUUUUGGAUUGUCGGUCUGUAUUUGAUUGCGAUUCUGUUACUUUCGAUACAGAUUGUUACCGCACAUAAAGAAUGUAAAUAUGAAAAAGGCCGCUGGUUAGACUGUGAUCCGGAUACAGGAAUGCAAAAACGAAUUUUACGAUUGAAAACAUUUAAACCUCAUCUGGUCGAUUGUACAAAGGAAAAACAAAUGGAACGACCAUGUAAAAAACAAUGUAAAUAUGUUAAAGGUGCAUGGUCAGAUUGUUUGAAUGGUAGGAAAGAACGUAUCGAUAAACUACGAACGGAUGUAUCGUCAUCGUUUUGUAAAUCGGAAAAAAUUGUUAAUAAAUCCUGUCGAAAACAAUGUGCCUAUAAUAAAACAGAAUGGACAUUAUGUGAAAAUGGUUUAAAAAAUCGAACACUUACAUUGGUUAUGAAUCCGGAAACACCAAACAGUGAUGAUUGUGAACCGAUAAAAAAUAUUGUCAAACCUUGUUCAAAUCAAAAUAAUAAUAAUAAUAAUAAUAACAUUAACAAUAACCAUGAUAAUAAUAAUAAAGGAAAGAAAAAAAUUGACGGAAAUGAAUAUGAUUUUUGA